AUGUCGAACAACUUGGAAAAGCCCACAGCAGUUCCCGAAGAGGAUGAUGAGCCAGAUGACUGGGACAAGCGGAUCUUCAGCACUGGCUGCCACUCCGAACAAGACAAGAUGAAUGACUGCUACUUUGCAAAGAAAGAUUGGCGCGAAUGCAAGCAAGAGAUGGAAGCUUUCCGCGAGUGCUGGAAACGCCAGGGCAACGACCAGCGAACCGAGACCAAGGAUGCUUAA